AUGCAGCAUAGAGGGCGUAGAAGAGGAAGGAGACGGAGAGGACGGCCUCCCAUUAGGAGAUGGGGAAGAAGAGAAGCCGAAAGAAGCACUUCCCAAGAAGGGUCGACUACUGGACCCUAUGCAUUUGAGCUACCUCCUGAAUACAAACCUCCCCCACAAGCUACACCCCCUCAUAAAUACGAAUCUCCCCCACAAGCUGUACCCCCUCCUGAAUACGCACCUCCCCCACAAGUUGAACCCCCUCCGAAAAAUGCACCGCCCCCUCAAGCUGCACCACAGGCCGGGUUAGACCCUGCCACAAGAUUGAUGUUGGAGUCGAUCAAAACGACAAUGUAA